UCAAUUCAUUAACACACUCACUCAAACAAACGAACUCAAUGUAACCUCCAACCUCUUCUCUCUUAUCACUUUCCUACUUUUCCUCUCUCAAAUAAAUUAUUAAAUUAUUAUUAUUUACCUGAGAUUUUUAUUUGUUUUGUUUCAGAUACUUUUUUAUUAACUUAACAGAUCGCGUUUUCGUUUUCGUUUUCGUUUUCUUCUUUCUUCUCUUCUCUUCAAUUCAUUCAUUUGAUCUCUUUCUUAAUCGAUUUUCUCCAACAUUCUCGUAACACACUCACCUCAAUCUCUCCGAAACCUUAAUUUUAUUUUGUUUCUUUCAUUCUGUCACUGUUUCUUUCUCUUCACGCGUUUUCACCUACUCUGUUUCUCCAAUUCUCGUUAUUCAAUUUCAAUUUCCAAACAAAUUAGGGUUUAUGUUCUGUUUUUUCAUCGCAUUAAUCAAAUUUUAAUUAAUUUGAUUAAUGCGAAUUUUGUUUAAUUCAUUCUUCUUUCUACAAUGAUAAUUAAGAAGAAUCUCAAAUCUGAAAUGCCGAAUCGCAAACGGAGAAGAUUAACGGAAAACGACGAGUUGACUCAGAGAAAGAAGAAACUUAACGGAAAUAAUUUUCCGUUAAAUCUUCUCAACGGUGCAAUUCCCGUUAGUUUUACUGGUUUACUCGGUGCCACCGUUGCGACAGUGGCACCGGGUAAUGAUAAUAGCUGCUUUUCCGUUGUCUCUGAUGAUGACGGAAAAGGAGAUAUUAUUAAAACUGCAACGGCAACUGCUACGCGGCCGCCGUUGGUUAGAACCUCACGCGGCCGUCUUCAAGUUAUGCCCUCGCGGUUUAAUGAUUCAGUUAUUGUCAAUUGGAGGAAAGAUGGUAAAAACAACGCGGCAGCGACGUCUGCAGGCGCGGCUGCCACGAGCUUUCGUGAAUUUGAAUUUGACAAAUUUGAAGAUUUUAGUCUUAAGAAAUGCAAUGGGAAGGGGAAGAAUGGAACCGGCAGAGGGCGAGGGUAUUCGGAAUUGUGUGAGGAGGUGUUGCAUAAGAAUUUUGGUGUUGCUGCUACUAGUAAGGAAUUGAGUUUGCGUGAGAUUGCUGAGGAAACAAAGAUGAACAAUGGAGUUUUGAAGAAGAAAGAAGGGUUUUUUGGACCAGAAGAUUUUGUGGCUGGUGAUAUAGUUUGGGCUAAGGCUAGGAAAAAGGAACCAUUUUGGCCUGCAAUUGUGAUUGAUGCAAUGAGUCAAGCACCUGAGCUGGUUUUGAGAUCAUGUAUAGCUGAUGCUACUUGUGUCAUGUUUCUUGGCUACUCUAGGAAUGAUGAUCACAGGGAUUUUGCAUGGGUGAAGUAUGGGAUGAUUUUUCCAUUUGUGGAGAAUGUAGACAGGUUUCAAGAGCAGUCUGAGUUGAGUUACUGUGAUCCGUCUCAAUUUCAAGCGGCAGUUGAGGAGGCGUUUUUGGCGGAUCAGGGGUUUGUAGAGAAGUUAACAGAAGAUAUAAAUGCGGUGGCUGGUAAUAAUGGUUGCAGUGAUGAUUCUAUUAUUAAAAGCUUUCAGAAAGUCACUGCUUCAAACCAGAAGAAGGAUUUAUUUGACAGAAAGAAAAACGUAGGACUUUGUGACGAAUGUGGAUUGGACCUUCCUUUCAAUAUGUCAAAGAAAACAAAGGAUUUGACUCCUGGUGGUCAACUCCUAUGUAAAACAUGUGCAAGGUUGAUGAAAUCGAAACAUUAUUGCGGCAUAUGUAAGAAAGUUUGGAAUCAAUCGGAUAGCGGAAGUUGGGUCCGUUGUGAUGGAUGUAAAGUGUGGGUGCAUGCCGAAUGCGACAAAAUCUCCAGCAUCCUUUUUAAGAAUCUUGGAAGCACUGAUUAUUUCUGCCCUGCUUGCAAAGUGAAGUUUAAUUUUGAAUUAUCUGAUUCAGAAAAAUCACAUCCAAAAAUCAAAUGGAGCAAAUACAAUGGGAAGGUAGUGCUUCCAAAGAAGGUCACUGUUCUCUGCAAUGGUGUGGAAGGCAUAUAUUUUCCAUGUCUUCACUUAGUUAUGUGCAAGUGUGAUUUUUGUGGGACUGAAAAACAGGCACUUAGUGAAUGGGAACGCCACACAGGUUCCAAAUUUAGAAACUGGAAAACAAGUAUUCAGGUUAAAGGAUCCAUGAUAUCGCUGGAACAAUGGAUGCUACAGUUGGCUGAUUUUCAUGCUAAAGUUGCGGUUUCUUCUGUCAAACCUAAAAGACCAUCCUCAAAAGAAAGAAAACAUAAAUUGCUUACCUUUCUGCAAGACAAGUACGAACCUGUUUGUGCUAAGUGGACUACAGAACGAUGUGCUGUAUGUAGAUGGGUUGAAGAUUGGGACUACAACAAAAUUAUCAUCUGUGUCAGAUGUCAAAUAGCUGUUCAUCAAGAAUGCUAUGGAGCAAGAAAUGUUCGAGACUUUACAUCAUGGGUUUGUAAAGCUUGUGAAACACCAGACAUCACACGAGAGUGUUGUCUUUGUCCUGUAAAAGGUGGUGCUCUAAAGCCUACUGAUAUCCAUCCGUUAUGGGUUCAUGUCACUUGUGCCUGGUUUCGACCUGAAGUAUCUUUUGCCAGUGAUGAGAAAAUGGAGCCUGCUUUGGGUAUCUUAAGUAUACCAUCAAAUUCUUUCGUGAAGAUUUGUGUUAUUUGUAAGCAAAUCCAUGGCUCGUGCACACAAUGUGUCAAGUGUUCCACUUAUUUCCAUGUUAUGUGUGCAUCAAGGGCCGGUUAUCGCAUGGAGUUGCAUAGUUCGGAAAAAAAUGGUAAACAGACAACAAGAAUGGUUUGUUACUGUGCUUAUCACAGGGCUCCCAAUCCAGACACUGUUUUGAUUAUACAAACCCCUCAUGGGGUCAUUUCAACUAAAAUCCUUAUCCAAAAUAAGAGAAAAGUUGGGUCAAGAUUAAUUUCGUCAAACAGAAUAAAGGUAGAAGACACUCCUCCAGAAGAUAACACCGAACAUGACCCAUUUUCUGCUGCUAGGUGCCGAGUCUUUGUAAGAACAAACCACACAAAAAAGAGAGCAGCAGAUGAAGCCAUUCCUCAUAAAGUGAGGGGUCACUACCAUCAUCCUUUAGAUGCUAUACAGAGAUUAAAUUCAUCCAAAGUGGUAGAUGAGUCUCAGACAUUUUCAUCUUUUAGGGAACGCCUUCAUCACUUACAGAGAACCGAAAACGAACGAGUGUGCUUCGGUAGAUCAGGCAUACAUGGAUGGGGCCUAUUUGCACGAAGAACUAUUCAAGAAGGAGAAAUGGUCCUUGAAUAUCGUGGUGAACAAGUAAGGCGCAGCGUUGCCGAUCUAAGGGAGGCGCGGUAUAAAUUAGAAAGGAAAGACUGCUAUCUGUUCAAAAUUAGUGAAGAGGUGGUAGUUGAUGCAACUGAUAAAGGAAAUAUUGCACGGCUAAUUAACCAUUCUUGUAUGCCAAAUUGCUAUGCAAGGAUCAUGAGUGUGGGUCAUGACGAGAGCCGGAUCGCCCUCAUUGCCAAGACUAACGUAUCUGCUGGUGAUGAGCUAACGUAUGACUACUUGUUUGAUCCGGAUGAGCCAGAUGAAUUCAAAGUCCCUUGCUUAUGUAAAGCUCCAAACUGCAGAAAAUUCAUGAAUUAGGAUUAUUCAGAUCAUGAUGACAAGUUUUGUUUCUCCAUAAGGAGCACUAACCGGUUGCGGCAUCAAUGGGAACCUCACAGUUAUACACAAGCUGUAAUUUUAAUUUUAAUCAAAGAAUAAGAAAAAAAUAUAGGAAAAUAAUAGCUGUGGCAUAGUUAUUCUUUUUGCCCUCAAAUGCUUUCUUAGAGUUUUAGUCUUUGACAUUCAUCAAAGCCUAUUACAUUGUAUAGAUUUAUUAGCAGCUUUUGGUGUCUUUGUAAAUGUGUCAGAAAUAAUAUUGUUUUCUUAAUUUAAUUCUAAUUUUUUUUAUAAGCAAUUUAAUGCUAAUU